GGAUAUUUAAUUAGUAGUCACUUGCCAAAGGAGGACCUCAUUGAUAUUGCAUUAUAUAGCAGACAUUAUUGUCUCUUGCCCUUAGCAGCAGAACAACGAAUUGGUCAGUUAGUAAUAUGGAGAGAAGUAUUUCCACAACAUCAUCUUCAGGGUUGUCAGACUUCAUAUGAGGGAUUCCAAGAACCCCUAGCAAGAUACUUCUUACUCAUAGUUGGCUUGAAGCAUUUUAUACUGAGCGUAUUGCUGGAAGCAGGAGGUUGUUCUUCCAAAGCCACUGGAAAUCCUGGACCAGACUGCAUAUAUGUUGACCAGGUCAAAGCAACUAUCCUUCAGUUGGAUGGAAUAGAUCUCAGCAUAGAUGAGAGAUUAGAAACAGCCUCUGAUCCAUCAGUGUGUUGUGUAGAUUGGUUCUUCCCUUCAUUACAUGACAGAUUGGAGAGCUUUUCCAAUUUAUCUGUUCUCAGCAAACUACAUCAUAUGUCAAGCACCGUACCUUCUCCAGCAAACAAAAAAAUCACUAAAAAGAAGCAUGUUCUUACAAACCCAUUUACUUUUGGAACCCUGAAAAAGAAUCUCUCAGAUAAGGAAGCUGAAUUAUAUCAUGCUAUGAAGUUGACAUCGGGUCCUGAAAAUACCCUCUUCCACUAUAUUUGUUUAGAAACAAUGCAUGGAAUUUUUAUUACCCCAACACAUGCUGAAGUAGCACAACUCAGUGGAACUAUCCAUCCUCAACUCAUCAAGAACUUCCAUCGCUGUUGUCUUUCCAUCCGUUCCAUUUUUCAACAAACUAUGCUGAGAGAAACUAAAAAGUCUGGGAAAAGAUCAAAAUCCCAAAAAGCAAAUUCUGACCUAUAUCAAGUGAAAGAACAUGGUGUAUUGUUUGAAUGUGCUCCUGACAACUGGACUGAUCAAAAGAAACCUGAAUCAACUGUAAUGUAUUGGGUAGUAGGGAGACUCUUCCUAGAUCCAAAGCCUCGAGAGUUUUAUGUCUGUUUUCAUGACUCAGUCACAGAGGUUGCUGUUGAAUUGGCUUUUAAAUUAUCAUUUGGCUUAGCUGUAUAGAUAAACACAUCUGCAUUUACUCACUUUCCAUGACACAUAGAACACAAAAAUAUUAAUUACGUUAUGGUUUUGUUUGGGGUGCUAUUUAAAAUAUUCUCUAAAAUCAGUUAUUUAAUAGAAUAAAUUUCAAACAUUUAUAACACUAUUUAUGAAAGUCACUCCUUUCAGAAGACUGACUUUUUAAGCUACUUUUAAACUGGAUGAGUUAUGAUAUCCUAUAUUUUUAUAUAUUAUAUGUAAAUGUUACAUAUAGAAGCAAUUAUCAAGAUAUACACCCACAUUUUUUUUCUUAAAGCUAUUGUCCUUGGAAGAUGCUUCUUUAGAACCUGCAAACAAUUUCAUUCAUUGUGAAGUUAGGACAAAGAACUCUAUUUUGUGUGCACCCUUUUGGACUUCAUUUAAAAGUACUUUGUAAUACUUGGCAUAUUAUGUCAGAGGUAGGGAACUUUGUUAUUUCUGUUUUGUAUGGGGUUAAGGAGCAAAAUAUAUGGCUACCAAAUCUGGGGUUCAAAAAUCCAGAUGAUCACAUUGAUUUCAUCAGAGAUAUAGGAAAAAAUCUUAGUUUUUGCUAUUAUUUAGUGGUUGUCCAGAUUAUACAGUCCACAUCUGGUAGCCCUAGCAAAAUGGGUCCCUUAAGUCUUGCAGAAAAUUUAUAUGCAAAUCCUUAAGGGAUUUAGAUUACCUUACAUUAAAUGGAUAUAGUAUUUUGUGAUACAAAAAGAAGUUACAUUAGUGUUUAAAAAUUACUUGUUAUAAAGUAAAAUUGAACUUUUUCUGGUACUUUGAGACAAA